AUGGGAGCUUACAAGUACCUCGAGGAAUUAUACAAACGCAAACAGUCUGACAUCUUGCGUUUCCUUAUGAGAAUUAGAUCAUGGGAAUACCGUCAGUUGCCAGCAGUUAUGAGAUGCAGUCAUCCAACACGCCCAGAUAAAGCCAGAAGACUUGGUUACAAAGCCAAACAAGGAUAUGUUAUAUAUCGUGUUAGAGUAAGACGUGGUGACCGCAAGAAACGUGUUGCUAAGGGUAUUGUUUAUGGUAAGCCAAAGAACCAGGGUAUUUGCAAAAUGAAGAGUACUCGCAAUUUAAGAGCUAUUGCCGAGGAGAGAGUAGGAAAGUCAAUCUGUAGUGGUCUCCGUGUUUUGAACUCAUACUUUGUAUGCCAAGACGCCACCUACAAAUUCUAUGAGGUUAUCUUAGUUGACCCAGCUCACCCAGCUAUCCGCAAUGAUGCAAGAAUCAACUACAUCUGCAACCCAGUACACAAACACCGUCAGCAAAGAGGUCUUACUGCUGCAGGCAGAAAAUCAAGAGGUUUACAAGUCAGAGGAGGCAGAGCUGCUCGUCUCAGACCUUCUAGAAGAGCAGUCUAUCGUCGCAGACAACUUGUCCAAUUACGUAGAUAUCGUUAA